AUGAGCACAAUGGCUGCCCACGCACCCGCCAACGGUAUCGCGGAUGCACCAACGCCUGCGGCACCGACGACGACGGUGGCUGAAAAGCCCAGCUUCUCGUGGCUGCAGCCCCAUCCCAUCUUCGUCAUCAUCUUGGUCGGGCCCGACGAACAGCCCUUUGGCCUCCAAAAGGAUUUCCUGUGCCACCGCUCAGACCACUACCGCAGCCACUUCGCCGAAAAGGGCGCCGACGACACCAUCGAGAACAUGGUCAGGCUGCCCGACUUCACCGCAGACGUCUUUGGCCUGGCCCAAAACUUUCUCUACACGGGCGUCCUGCUCGUCGACGAGGCCCGCGUGCCCUCGUACGAGUCUCUCGUCAGCCUCUGGAAUCUCGGCCACAAGCUCGGCAUCGGCGGCCUCUGCGACAAGACGCUCGAGGCCAUGACCGACUGCCGCCGCCUCACCGAGAGGAUCCCCGCCACCCCGCUCCUCAUCCAGGUCUGGCGUGACACCCCCGAGGGCUCCUCCAUCCGCCUGCUGCUGUUGUCGUGGGCCGCCGAGUACAUGCGAUCGUCCGACGCCAGGGCCGAGUUCGCAAAGUCCCUGCCACAAGAGGUCUUGAGCGAGCUUGUCGUCACUAUGAGCUCCUUUGACAUGUCCCCGGUCGCCCACCCGCCCGCCGAGUCUCCUUCCAUCGCGCCGGCAUCGACCCUGCCGCCGCGCAAGAACGUCCACUACCUUGACGACGCCAGCGAUGAUGACGCCCUCAACAACAUCAAGAAGAGCCGACGGCCGAGCGGCACCCCUGGCGUGGCCGUUGGGUCCCAGGAUCCGACACUUGGCCGCAAACCGAGCCGCACGCCGCUCCCCAAGCCGCAGAAGCGACGAUCCAGCGCCGCCUAUCUGGAAAGCCGAAACUUUACCACGGCCCAGAAGAUGGAGUUUUGUGCGGACCUCUUGAAUAGGAUGCUCUCGGGGCCAGGCUUCUGGACUCGGCUGGUAGGGCCAUUCAAGGAGCCCGUCGAUCCAGUGGAAGACGGCGUGCCCGACUACCUGGACAAGGUCAAGCGGCCCAUGGACCUCAACACCAUCAAGGCCAAGAUGGACCGGCGCGACUACACCCACGAGGAUGAGUUCGUGGCCGACAUGCGCCAGAUCUUCGACAACUGCUUCACCUACUGGGCAAAGGGAGACCCCAUGUGGGCGGCCGGGGAGAAGCUGCAGAGAACAUUUGAGGACAAGUACUCGCAUAUGAACAAGUGGAUCGCCAAGAUGGGCGGCGACGAGGGCGAGUGA